GGCAGGAGGUGCAAGGCUGGGCUCUCACCCUGCAGACAAGCCCUGGGAGAGGUAGGUUGGCUCAAAGCAGGUGCCCGUGGUCCUGCAUGGGGACAAGGAAGACAAUCAGGCUGUGGAGGAUGUAUCCAGGUCCAAGCAGGAGCUGUGUGACAAUGCAGGACCUUCGAGCUGCCUCUCCAUGGGGUUGUAGCACCUUUGGUGCCAUCACAGGAGGCACGAGAUGAUCCAGAGCAGGAUUUCUGGGUGGCAGGCCAGCAGGAUGGCAGACCACAGCUCAGCAGGACCAAAGGAUGCAAAGAAAACCGGGAUUUGAAUGCGGUCAGCUUCUGGCAGCUAGAGAAUGCAGACAAAUGCCGGGGAAAUGCUCUCCCAACCCCAACCACGUUGUGCUACAUGUGGUUUCCAGCAAAAUCACAGACCAGGAUUUCUCCAUGUGGCCUGGGGAGCUCCCUGCCCCUAGAAGAACAUGGAGGUAAUGUCAGAAAAGUAUCACAGACAGCAUACACAGCAGCCAGAUCCCCUCAAAAUAUCCUCUGCAGCCUGGGCCAGUAGGGAGGGCAGAGGAGCAGCCUGGCUGCCCCAUGCAGCUCUGCUGCUCUCCACACUCCAGUUGCUGCCCUGGUGACAGGGGUUCCAGGAUGCAUUUUCCUUCCUGGGGUUUGGUUCUCGAGAAGAGCUGCCUUUGAAGAGCUGCUGCAUUGUAAGACAUUCCUCUGGGGCUCUGGCUGAUUCCAAACUGGCUGGGAGCAGCUCCAGAGACAAGCCGAGCCAUAGCCAGGCUGCCAUCACCAGCCCUGGGUGACCAGGUGCAGACAGCCACGUAAGUCAAACACUCCCUUUCUCUAUUUCCCUCCCCAAAGCCCUUCAGCAAGUGGAAACCCACCCCAAAGGGUCUUGAUUUGAAAGUACAGGAGGGAUGCUUUGCAAUUCCCAGCCCAGCCCAGCCCAUCCUGGUUCCCAGCGUGGCUGAGGCAGUGCUGCUGCAGCUCCACCACAAACUGCCAGGCUUUUCCCCGCUUGGAAGCAGUGGCUGCAGAUGGGAGCCCUGCUCUGGUGACCCCUGAUAGAAGUUCCUGAUAUUUUCCACCUGGGGACACAGAAAUCUGGAAUGUUUUCACACCAUUGCACUACCUCCCUCCAUGAUGUCUCUGCAGAUGGCCCUGGAGGUCUGUGGCCAGCUUGGUGGGGCAGCAAUGCUCUGUGAGGCUCAGGGGGCUCCUCUCACUCUGGAUUGUCUGAUCUCUCAAAAGGAGAUCACCAGUGGGCUGAUCUCUCUGCCAGAAGCAGAACUGGACCAGUUAUGCAAGCAGAAGAGGCAAUCCACAGUGGCAGUGCUCAGAAUGAGCAGAUUCUAAUCCAGAGCCUGACACAUCCCACUGAGUCACGAGUCACGGGCUUUUCUUGCCUUUUUUUUUCUUUUUUUACCCAUUUUUAAAGAAAAUCAUAAACACUGUACUCAGAAAAUUAAAAACUUCCAGAACAGUCUCCUUCCCGUGGCCAGGAGGGCUGUAGGUGCAGGGACCUCACACAGGCAGGGCUUGCAUGGCUGAAAGCCAACAGAGUCCCAUUCAAAAAGAACCAGGGAGUUUUCCAGCAGUUGCUAAUCAAGUGUCCUGUGGGAGAGAGGCAGCAAUAGCAGCAUCAGGUGGUGGCUGUCACUUGCAGCCUCACUGCCAGGUAAAGAUGGAGCUGUCACCACCAAAGACGGGGACUUCAUCUUGUUUGAUGGGCAGUGGCAGCUCGGAGCCUGAAGAGCAGCUCAAGUGGGAGGGUGAAGCCUUCACCACUCCAUCUCCUCCUGCCCUGUGGUGCCAGAGCACUGACAGCUCCUGGCCCAGGAGAACUUAUUUCCUAUUUCUGCCUCUAUCCCUGCUUUUGGGGACACUGUCCUGAGAAAUCUGGAUAGUGGGAGACAUUCACAGUGGGGUUCUUCAGUCUCCUGGCGAAACAGCAGGACAAAAAUGAGACUGUAACAGCCCUUCUUCCCUUUCCUCACCAUGUCAGAGGAACCACCAGUUCAUGGGAGACCCCCAUGUCCCAGAGCACCUUUUCCCCAACCCCAGCUUGCUUUCACAGGGGGAAGUUCCUACCACCUUCAUAUGGCCAACAGGCAUCAUUCUUGGGGACCUGCUGCAGGGGAUCUUAGAACCACAGGAUGGUUCGAGAUGAAAGGGAUCUUAAUGAUCAUCUAGUUUCCAAUCACUGCCACGAGCAGGGACACCUUUUACCAGACAAAGCUUCUCAAAGUCCCGUCCAACCCGUCCUCGAUCUGCAGGGAUCUCCCAGGCUCCUCCUCCUGAUCUGCCUCUGUGGAUGCGGUUCCCUAAGACACAGCCAUGCCCCUGAGGAGGCAGCACCUCUGCCGUGCAGGUUGACACGACGCUUGGCACAGCUCGGGCUCAGGCGGUAGGAGGCCUGAGGACACUGUCCUCUCCAGCUGUGUCCCCAUGCUCCUGCAGUUCUCCACUGCCCCCUCAGUGCCCACACAGAGCCCCUGCCUGGGCUGUGCUGGGUGCCAGCCCACCAGCACCUCCCCAUGCUGUGGGGGCCACCAUAAGCCUGUAAAAGGCCAAUCUUGGCUCUUGCUUUGUGGUCAGAGCACAGAAGAAGCCCAGCCAAGCAGGCUGGUUGCUUUUAUUUAGACUCAGGACCUGCAUGAGGCAGUCCCCUCCCUGUUCCUUUGAGGGGGAUUCUGUUUGGGGACCACCAGUUUGCAAUUAGCAAAUCACCGCUCUCCCACCUCCCACGGCACCAGGUCACCCUGCCCUGGGCAACCCAACAGCCAGGGGAGAGCACACCCAGCCAAACACCUUUUACAAAUCAUUCUGCACAGUUCACAUUCUCGGCCGGUUUAUGAGCAUUUUAGCUCCUCAUAUUGAUCAGGGCUGGAGCCGAAGUAAUUACAUUAAUCAGAAAUAAUUUCCCGUGAUUUUGAGUCAUAUUUGAGCUGGUGCCCAGCUCCUCUGCUCGCCCCUCUGCUCUCUGCUCCCUGGUACAUACUUUCCAGGCGACAUCGCUGCUUUCAUAACCAUAGUGAGACCCAGAGGUUUGUUUUUCUCAACUGGAUCCCACACACACUCUAAAGGUUUCAGUCAUGUCUUUAUUGAUUUGGCUGGGGAAGGGGACAAGAGGAGGUGGUUUAUGUGAAGUUCAUGCUUGGGAAAUGUCUCCAGAUGUCUCUGGCAUCAGGAGGGGGCAUAGGGAAGGGCUGGGGGCCUGGGACUCCUUGGCACAUGGAGGCAUCGCUUGCUUCAGCUUUUCCAGUCUUGCUCAGAAGAUGGAGAGCAAGCCCAGCCAUUGCUUUGUUCCCUGGGGUGGAAUUUGGAAGUGGGACUCACCUGCAAAGCCUUUGGCAUUAGUCCUGGGGAGAGGCAGCAUGUCCCCUUGUCAGCUGGUUUGGGUGGUGACCAGUCAUUUCAAGUGCUGGGUGUGAAGGGUGAACUGGCAGCCCUUCAGUCCCCCCCAGCCCAGCUUCCCAAUGUGCCCAAGGUCCAUGCUGAAAGCUCCUGCAGGAGCCAGGCUGCUUCCAAUCAUCAGGGAUGCUGAGGAGUGCCCACUUCACUGCCUUUGGGAAGGUCCCAGCCACAGCCAGGGGUUUGCAGAGCAUCCACUGGAGCUAUACCAGCUGAAGAGGGCUGUCUUUGCCCCAGGUCACCGCCCUGUCCCACCAUCCUGGUUCCACCAGCACCCUGAGCUGCUCCUGCUGAUGGUGAGCCAAGAGCAACCCUGGGGAUGUGAAGGGCUGUGACAUUUGGGAACAGACACAGCCUGUGUCACCCAAAUCUCUUGCAGCAGCACACGCUUCCCAGGCAUACCACCGGCUGCCUCAUGUGUGCAGCACUUACAUCUUCAAAAGCCUUGCCAGAGUCACAGAAAGCAGGGCUGGAAGGGAACACAGCCACCACCAAACCCCUCUCGAAAGCAGAGCUGGCACAAUUACAGGGUGAGUUUGGAGCAUCACUGGCUGCACAUCAGUGAGUGCCUCCAUUUGCAGCCUCUUUGAUGCUGCAGGGGACAUGGCAGCUGUGUGAGAACACCCAGCACCCUUGAGCUAGACAAGAACUGAAGGAAAAACACUGUCUAUUUUAGCCUGAAACCAUAAGAAAAAUAGAGAUUCAAAAAGAAUGACCAAUUUGACCAGGAAACAUGAGUGAGCCUUCCAGUUCCACGGAAAAUAUAAAGGGUCUGUCAGUAACCACACAAGGUCAGGAUCUGGGGAUUAUAUCUUGUCUGGAAGAUAAAACUUCUAGUGAUAGUUUUUGAAAGAAGUUUAUGUUUGAUGAUGUUUGAUACCGAAAAUAAACUCCCAGAGGAUCACAAUGUCGAAUGCAUGAUGAUUUCUGACACUGUUUUCCAAAUAAUUAUGGAAAACCUCAUCUGGCUGAAGUUUCCAAGCUUUGUUUUACAAAAGUCUUAUUCUUUGAGUUAUCUGAUUGUUUAACUUAGGGGGACAAUUAUGAAUUGCUCUUGUCUGGACUGCAGAAAAAAAAUCAUACAGAAGUUUUGCCCAGGGUUUGAUGGGUUUGAUAUGUCCCUGUUGUCCCUCCACAACAGCUGAUACAAGGCUGUGCUGUGCUAAUGAGAAGCCCCUCGGUCUGAAGGAUCAGGUCUCACUACAGUUCUGGCUAAGCCAAGCUUUUUCUUGGUUGUGAUAGUCCAUUUGCUCCUCAUAUAAUUGCUCAGCUCCUUCCUCUUGGCAAUGUCAGAGAGCAGAACCAGCCCCAAGGCCCAUUUAUCAGUGCUUCUUUCUAGUGAAACCUACCUAAAAAUGUCUGGGAAAUGGUGAAGGAUCAAGUGUCCCCAGCACCAGGCAUCGUUCCUGUCUCUCCUUUGGCAGGGGCGAUGCCCGCCCGCUGCCUUGCUGGGCCUUGCCACCGUGGCUGGGAGCUUGGAGGGGUCAGCUGGUCCCAGAUGUAGCCAAGGUUCCUGAUGCAGUUGCCUGACCAUCAGAAGCUGGACGGCAGCCCUGAAUUCUUUUCUCACAAGUCACUUGGCCAGGCACCAGCUGGUAAAUACUUUCAGUCCCUGCAUCCCGGGUCUGGGGUGGAAGCAGUGACCUCAAGGUAAAAGACUGCCUGGCCCAUCCCUUGUCCCUUGGGGUGGCCAGUCCUCUCAGCCUGGCUCCGCUGUCCAGUUAAGGUGUGAGACCCAGAGGGAAUAAAAAUGACCAGACAGGGAUGGAAAUAGCCAUCACCACCUCUCUCGGCUCUUGCUGUUUGAAACUGGAGCCAGAUUCAUUCUGGGUAGGAAACAAGUCUCCCAUCCUGCCAAAAGCAGAGAUAUUUCAAAAUUUCCCAAAGCCAUGGUGUUUUCCAGAAGUCUCAUGAAAAACAUCCAGCAGCCACCCCAAAGUGUUCAACAACUGAAGGAGACCUGAGGCAUCUCCAUUUCAGCUCAUGGCUCUUGGUUUUUCCAAGCUGGAUGUAUGUCCAGCUUUCCCACCAGUGCUGUCCACCCUCCAUGGGCAGCCCUGCUCCUCUGCAGUAGGGAUUUGAGCCAGGAGUGCCCAGGGAAUGUUCUCCCCACUAAGGUGUGAGGCUGGGCUCACCCUAGACCCAUGUUUUCACAGCCAGGACCCAGGACAGCCUCAGUGCUCCCUGCCAGAGUUGGACAUCCAGACCCCGCUCUGACUUCCCCCAGCUCUAGGGAGAGUGUUUAACACAUGACAUAAAGAAGGGGAGUCUCCAGCAAAGGAAAGGCAUGAAGGGAUAACAUGCUCAAUACCCAUCCCAGAUGGAUGCAAUUUCAGCUGAGCAGGGUGUGCAAAUGAGAGCUUUUCUGUGUUAUUCACUAUGGCACGUUAGAACAGCAAACACAUUAAAAACUCAGCACUCUGAAAUGUAAAUUCACUGGGGCAGUUCCUUCAUUUCUAUAGAAACAGCAGCGCUUGCCAGCGGCUAACUCAAAGGAAAUGUAUUCAGAUCCCUGUAUCAACUAUUUUCUUGCACAACUGACCACAAAAAAAAAAAAAAAAAAAAAAAAAAUUACAACCCCCCAAAAAAUCUGACAAUAAUGCCAUGGAAACUGCAGAGCGAGACAUAUGGACUUAAUUACUAGCUCUGAAAUCACACGUAUGGUACAGAACACAUAUGGGGUACAUACUCCAGAGGGGAAGGGCUAUAACUGAGUAUUUAUAACCUGAACUGCUAAUGUGCUGAUCUGGUGCAACUCUGCACAUCAAAACUGGUGCAGGUGCUGAUUCCCUGUGCCAGGCUCUGCCUGCAGCCCCUGCAGCCCCAGCACAGCGACCUGGGCAGGCAGGUGGGACCUGGAGAGAUGGGAGAAGGGAAGCUCAAGCCCAUGUCACCCACGGAGAAUCCUCUUUGGGAAAGCAAAUCAUGGGAGACUUUGUGGCUACCCCUCCAGAUGGCUCCACUGGGCACUUCCAAAAUGCAGCAAGGUACCGGUGAGGAUUGCCAAAGGCAUCGGAAGUGUGGGCAGCUUGCCAGGCAUGGGAUGCUGGGUUUGGCCUCACCUGGCUGCUUGACUCCCGGGUGUUGAUUUGAGUCAGGCUUGACUCGGGCUCUCUGUCACUGCCUGAGCUCUGACAGCUUCCUGGUGAUGGCAAACCAUCGCAGUGAUGUCACCUUCCUGCAUCUAAAUCCCAAUGACAGCAGGUGUGGGGGGAAGCAAGGCCCCCUCUUGUUCAGAGGUGAGGAGAGGGUAAAGAAGGGAGAUGACCCUGUACCCAGGACACAUCAGGUGACAAGGAUUUGAUGUCCAGUGGGCUUGCCUGGGCAGCCCUGAGCCUCAGCCUCUCCUAGAGCUGCCCUGCUGCCUCCUGAGACCUCACACACAGGUCUGUCGGCUGCUCCAAGGGUCAUCCAUUGUGGGAAAUGAGAGGUUUUUAUUUCUGUUAUGAGCACUGUCACUUGAUUUCUAACUGGGAAAUGAACUCAUGGCCAUUAAUCAGGAGUCCCUAAUGAACACAAGCCUGGAGUAAUUAAUUGAACUGUCCUCCUGUGGCAAGGCUGGAUCAGCACUUUGGCUCUCCCAAGACACUCCCAGGAUGUUUGGCUGAGCCGUGGCCAGUGUGGGGGCACUGGCUCUGGUGAAGAAAGUGGAGCAUGAGAGGUGUCUCCAACCUUAGGUAUCAAACCCUCGGCUUGUGAGCGCCUGUCAGUGGGUCCUGAACCUCCCUGCCCGUAAGUUCAGAGCAAUGUGCCAUCCUCAUGCCUCCUCUGCCACAGGCAGGGCUGCCAGAGCAGACCCCUGGAUCUCCAGGCACAGCUUGGGUGAUGCACGGAGCUGGGGCUCCAACAUGCAGAGCAGAGGCUCCAGCGCUGGGAUAAGUGACAGCAGCCUUUGGAAAGUGGCCUGGUAUUCGCACAAGCUGCCAUGACCUCGUUAACAGCCUGAUUGCAGCUAAUGAAGCAAAGCCAGAGCGGAGAUUUGGGGUGGUAAUGUGAGAGAUCAGGCUGUGCUCCUCCCUGCUGGGCUGUGCCCUCCCUGCUCCAUGCCCUGGCUUCCAGGCUCUGGCAAGUGUGGAGCUGAGGUCAGGAUUGCUGGUCAGGUGACUGAGAACCUGCUUCACAAAGGCAAAACAGAGGGAAUAAAUCCUGGAGGGAGAGAUGGGGCAUCACUCUUGGUUGCCUGGUUUUGGUGAUCUGCUUAUAGCACUCAGCAUCUCCUGUGUGUUUGCCAACACAUACCUGAUAUCCAGCAGCAGUUCUCAUCAUGCCUGAGUGAUACAGAGAGUCCUGUGCACAGCCACCAGGAUCCAUCCCUUGGGCCAGCACAGGAGCAGUAGUCCUGGCCCCCAGAACACAGGCAAAGGGCAAGGGUGCAGGAGAGGAGCCAGGGAGAGCUGCAGGACAACCUGCAUCCUUAUGCUCAGGCCUUUCCUUUGAGCUCUGGGCUCACCACAUCUCCUCUCACAUCUUGUGAUAAGAUCUGGGGAAUGGGAAUAUGGAGAAGUGGCUCUGUCUAGUGGAGGUCUUGAGGUGCUUAGGUUUGUCUAAGAGCCAGCCUCACACCCUCGGUCACAGGGGACAAGAGAAAAGCUUGCACAAGGCAGACUGAGAAAGCGUUGGGAGGCAACUGCUGAAUACCUGCUUCUCUUCCCCAAACUUGGAUUUAUAAUUCUCACAAUUGAUUAAGAUCAUCAUAAUACUUCAGGGGCUGAAUUUGCUUUACAAGGCUUAAAAUCAGCAGGGUCAGACUGCAGCCUUCUGUGCAUUACGUACCCAGGACAAUGCAACACAGUGUGCACACAGCCACCCCACCCCAACAGCCUCCCCAGGUGGCCAUAGUCCCUCUCAGUCCCUCUCAGGAUGGAGAUGAUGUGGCAGCAGCAGCAGCACCACCACAGCAAAUCCAUUUCCAGCUCCUUUGGGUGACACACCCCUCUUCCACAGCCUGCCAUGCACUGGGUGCAGCACUGAAUAUAGGGGUGGGUGCCCUGUUCCUGCCUGGUCAUGGCAUUGUCCCACAGCAGCAGGGACAGUCCUGUCAAUCCCUUCAAAUCUCAGGAGGAAGAUACCAGCUCUACCUGGACAGACCUUGAUCAGUAGGAUGGGGCAUGAACCUUCUCUGCCAGGCUAGGAGAAGGGAGCUGGAUCACCCCACCAGCCUGGUUCCCCAGCCUCUCUCCCCUGCUCCCCAGGGACAGCACAGCAUCCCUUCCCUGCCCUCCUUGUCUCGGCAGACACAUAUUCUCACCUUGAGGAGAGUGGAAAUGGCAGCUGGAAUGUGGGCUGGAAAAAAAAAGAAAGGAAAAAAAAAAAGAAAAUCUUGAGGCUUGUCCAAACCUACUCAUGUUUAUAUUGGAUCCUGUGAGUGACAUCAGAGCAGGGAGAGUAUAAACACCAGCAGGACCUACUCUGGGCUUUCAAACCUGCGAACACACCACUGCCUCCAAACUGCCUGGGGGGUGAUGUGCUGAAGUGGCAGAGGGGAGAGCACCAUGAGGCUCCAGCUGGAGAAGCAGCUCCUCUUCCUCUCUCUCCUCUGCGUUCUCUCCAAGGUUUGUGCCCAGCUGUGCCGGAGACCAUGCUACUGCCCCUGGGUGCCACCCCGCUGCCCCCGCGGGUCCCCCCUGGUCCUGGAUGGCUGUGGCUGCUGCAAGAUCUGUGCCCGGCGCCUGGGAGAGCCCUGCGACUUUCUGCACGUCUGUGCCCAGAGCCAGGGCCUCGUCUGUGACUACAGCUCAGCAUCUGCAGGGACAGGAGCCACCUGCAACUUUGAAGACGAUGAGGAGGGCUGCGAGGUGAACGGCCGAGUCUAUCGAGAGGGGGAGGUUUUCCAGCCCAGCUGCAAAAUCCAAUGCCAGUGCUUGGACGGGGGCUUCAACUGCAUCCCACUCUGCCAGGAGGAUGUCCGGCUGCCCACCCCGGACUGCCCCUACCCCCGGCGCGUGGAGAUCCCAGGCAAGUGCUGCCCUGAGUGGAUCUGUGAAGCCCAGGAUCAGCACCUCCUCCGGGAUGCCAGGGCAGAGGGGAAGAGGAGGUCGUUUGUAGCUGUGCCCACCCCGGAUUCACCCUUGAGCCAACGCCUCAUCCCGGCAAAGAGUCUGGCACGAACCCAUGGCACUGCGGUUACGGUGAAGAUGGAGGAUGUUUCCAUUGGGAAAAUAGAGAAGAAAUGAUGAACUUUGGCUGCAAAGGAGGCUGGAAACAGAGAACAAGAUCCCCGUGUCACCCAUCACCUGCCUCCUCUGCACACCCCGCUGCCCCAGGCGGGGUUCCUGGGCAGCAUCCCUGAGCUUCUUAGGCUGAAUGAAAUGGGAAACAGGGAAAUCCUGCUCCAAGCAUAAACCCACCCAAGAAACCAGGAAUUGGUCCUUCCUGGAUCAGUGGGGCUUCUGAAGAGGUGAUGCUGCUUCUCCACCACAUCAUGCAGCUCUGCUUUGCAGGGCCAUCAAGAGAGACCAUCUCCAGCACCUGGAAGCCAAAAUCCCGGGAGGGAACCCUCACGCCCUCGCCCCCCCAGGGAGGGAACAGGUCAUCAAGCUCCACCCCACAAGUCACUGCCACACCAGGCUGAGCUGCUCGACCGUGCAGGGGCUCAGCCAUCCCAUGGUACCCACCCCGCAACCCAGCAGCCGCCUUCCCGGGCACGGGCAGGGUCCUCCUGGUGGCAGCUCUAAUUCACCUUCCCCUCAUCCCUCCAGAAUAAACACGAGCCUUCCCGCUCUGCCUGGCCUCCUCCUCUCCCAAGCGCUGGUGGUUUGGCAGGGCUUCGGCCAGCGAGGAGCUCAGACACCGGAGACUCCGCUCCGCAGCACCAGACAUACCGCCUGCCAUCCAAGCACAUUCCCUGCGAGCCGGAGCUAAGGGAAAAGCAGGAAAAAGGGAAAACAAAUCGCAAAGAUGAGUCGGGGCCGUCUCCCGACGGGCUGGAGCUGCUCCAGCCAUGCAGGAGUCGGCGCAGGAGAGCUGCUCGGCUGCUGCGGCUGUACUUUUUCCCAGUGAAAGUCCUUCUGGGUGGUGGAAAAUGAAGCCCAAAUGCCCUCUAAUGGCCUCGCACAGAUGUGCAGAGGGAACGCGCGUCCCACCACGGGAAGGGCAGCUGGAAGGAGCAGCGGUUCGGGUGACGUGUCCAGGUGAGAAAUGGACUUUUUAGAUGCGUAUUUCUGAAACUAAAAAUAAAGAUGUGCUCAUCCA